UUGAAAUUGUAAGGGAAAACUGUUUUUUAUUCGGAUAAAUUGAAAAAUUCAUUUUAUUUUUAGAAAAAAACGUGAACACCGUAGGAAUAGUUUAAAGGUUCGUUAUACAUUUCGUGAAAUAUCCUCUAGCGAUAAAGCAGUUGCGCUCUACCAAUAAAUUUUAGAGCGGCAAAUCAGUUCGUUUGAAAAUAAAUUAAAAAUUUUUUUUUCUGCGAGAAAACACAAAAUUCAGGAUUUAGACGAACUUUGUGAGUGCUUCACUUCUUCUCUAUAUCAAUGUUUUAAUGGGAUAUAUUUUCAGCGGACGGUGAGAACCCGAUACCUCGUAAUUUGCGGCACAAAAUGAGCAACAAACGAAAAAUAGUGGUUUCCUCCGACUCAGAAGAUGAUGAGAUGCCGGUGAAAUCAACGAAGCAGAAGAAAUUGAAAAUUACGGAGAAUUCUGCGAAAAAGAGAAAGGAUAGUGAUAUCGAGGUUGGUUCGCUGCGAAAAUAAAUAGGCUUCGUUAAAUAUUCAUUUAUAUUUUUAGAUUUCAUCAGAUGAGGACGAACUUGUGAGAGGUACUGCCAGUUCAAGUGAAAAAAAGACGAAUAAACGGAAAUCGAAAAACGAACUUCCGGCGGGUCAAAAAACUUUGAACUUUUUCGCAAAAACCUCGAAAGAAGAUGAAAAACCAAAAGCGAAAACGGUGUCUCAUGUUAAUCCCGCGGAUUUCUUCAAACCUAUAAAAACUACUAAAAAAGAAGCACCAAAGCCAACCAAAACAAUAAGCCCGUCUCAAAAAGAAAACUCGACAGUAAUCAAAAAGGUAUCAACUUGUGUUUUCUUUUUUGUAACCAACAUCUUUCCAGAAAACCCCAAGUCCUGUCAAAAAACCAGAUAUUGAUGACGAAUUUGUUGAUUCUGAUGAUAGUUUCGAAUCUUUUGUCCCUACAAAAAUCAAAACUCCGGAGAAGAAAAAAGAAAUCAAGAAGAACUCGCCAUCUCCUUCUCCACCACCGCCACCCAAAAAAGUUCAAGCAGCUCCGAAAAAGGUACCAAAAACGGUCUCAAAAGAUAGUGGAUUUUCGGAAGAACCAGUGAAAGUCAAAAAAGUAGAAGUCAAUGAUCCAAAUCUUCCAUGGGUUGAUAAAUAUAAACCACAAAGUUUUAAUCAACUUGUUGGACAACAUGGAGAUAAAAGUCCAAUCAAUAAAUUGUUGGAUUGGUUGAAAGAUUGGGCAAAACAUAAUCUUGGCGAAGGCGCAAAAAUCAAAAAACCAAAACCUGCUCCAUGGAUGAAUGGACAAGAUGGAACACCAUUCAAAGCUGCACUUCUUUCUGGUUCUCCUGGAAUUGGAAAAACGACAUGUGCAUAUAUGGCUUGUAAUAUGUUGAAUUUCAAAUUCGUUGAAAUGAAUGCGUCAGAUGUGAGAAACAAAAAACAUCUCGAGGCGAAAAUUGGAGAACUUUCCGGGUCACAUCAAAUCGAACAAUUCUUCGGUGUCAAAAAAUCAGUUGCUCAAGAUAAUUUGAAAGUUCAUCACGUGUUAAUUAUGGAUGAGGUUGAUGGAAUGAGUGGAAAUGAAGAUCGAGCUGGUGUAAGUUAGAAAAAAACAGAUUCAGAGUUCACAUUUCUUUUUUAGAUUUCUGAAUUGAUUCAAAUUAUCAAGGAAUCGAAAAUUCCGAUUAUUUGUAUUUGCAACGAUAGACAACACACAAAAAUUCGGUCAUUGGCUAAUCAUUGUUUUGAUAUUAAAUUCCCAAAACCAAGAGUUGAACAAAUUCGCGUAAGUUAGGAUUAAUUUUCUCUCAAAAAAAUAGUGUUUCUAGUCACGAAUGAUGACGAUUUGUUGUACGGAAAAAAUGAAAAUCACAAAAGAAGAGCUUGACGAAGUUAUCGAAUUAUCAAAUCACGAUGUUCGUCAGACAAUUUAUAAUCUUCAAAUGCGUUCAAAUUCAAAAGAUGCAAAAGUGAAUCAAAAAGAUAUUUCUGUUGGACCAUUUGAAGCAGCUCGAAAACUUUUGGAUUCUCGAUCAACAUUACAAGAAAAACAAGAAAUGUUUUUCGUUGAUUAUGGAAUUAUGCCACUUUUUGUUCAAGAUAAUUAUUUGAGUAUGAAAAAUGAUAAACAUACUCCACUUGAAGCAAUUCGUGGAUUACGAAAAGCAUCGAGACUUAUCUCAUUGGGUGAUAAUGUGGAUAGAAUAAUUAGAUCUGGUGGUUCUUGGAAAUUAUUGAAUGAGCAAAGUAUGUUAUCAGCGGCUUUGCCAGCAAUUGCAACUGGAGGACAUAUGAAGGCGAGAAUUGAAUUCCCAUCUUGGCUUGGAAAAAAUUCGACUGCUGGAAAAAGAAAACGACUUUUACAACAACUCGUGUCACAUACUCAUUUGAAGUUUGUACUUUUAUGAGUUCUUCGUAUCCCCAAUUUCAUAUUAUUAUUUUUGCAGAGUUUCCGCAAGUAUGUAUUCAUUCGCCACCGAAUAUGCGCCAAUGCUUCGAACCAAAAUAACAAAACCACUUUUGGAAAAAGAAUCUGAUGGAAUUGCCGAAGUUGUUGAUACAAUGAUUGAAUACGAUUUGAUUCGAGACGAUUCCGAAGCGCUCUCGGAAAUUGUUGUUUGGCCGGGAAAAAUUGAUCCGGCUAGCAAGAUUUUGACAAAAGUCAAAUCGGCAUUGACAAGAACAUUGAAUAAAUCAUCAAGAAUGUUGCCAUAUUCAUUGGAUGACGUGGCAAAAGGAAAGAAAAGAACUGGAGUCAAUUCAAUAGGUAUUUUUAUUGUGGUUAGAAAAAUAAGAAAUGAUGGGAAAAUUAUUGAGACGCGAAAACGUGAUGUUCUAUUUAGAAAUUUUGAAUUUAAUUUUGAAAAUCUGAAACUGUUGACGUUUUUUUUUCAAAAAAUUGUUUUGCAGGUGUCGAAAUGGACGAGGAAGGAAAUUUGGUCGAAAAAUUCGAAGACGAUGAUGGUGCAAGUGAUGACGAAGAAGGUGGAAAUGGCGAAUCAUCUGAAGUUGUUGUCAAAAUCACAAAAGCUGGAAAAGCCGCUCCAACAAAAUCGACAAGAGGAGGUAAUUCCACGUUAAAGUUUUUUAUGUGCCCCAGAUGUGAAACCCACAUUACCAUAAAACGUGAUGUGUUACAUCUGGAAGAAUUUACUUUCCAUGUUAUAGGUCGAGGCGGGACACGUGGCGGAGCAACUCGAGGGCGGGGCGCCAAAAAAUAG